AUGUUCUACGCUCCCUCUUUACUUUCUCCUCUUCGUCAAAGUGAGCGCCUAAAAAGGGAAAUUCGGGCUCGCAGACACGCCGAGAAGAGGCUGCAGCAGCUACAGGCCCGAUUCUCGGGUCAGCUGGACAACGAUGGCGGAGUACGAUCACCCUCAACAACGUCCCCACCACUAAGCCCUUCCCCUUCUGACGGUCCUGAUGUCGUCCAUUCAGGCUUUGCUGCUGAUGCAGUAUCGACAGCCGACCAAAAUCACACUGCGACCCCGCAUCCAUAUCUGUUGCCAGCCUCAGUUAAAGGGGAGCGUCCCACGGUCUCGUUUGCCAGCCCCCUAACAAGUAACGAACCCACACCUACUGAAGCUGAAGGCGAGGGCCGAUCCUUCUUCCCUGACGAUGGCAGAGACCAGCAGCAGCAACAGCAGCAGUUAGUGUCCAGUCCUGUCAAUGAAGUGCAGCAGCAGCAGCCCAAGCCCAGCUCUGAAACAGACCUGCAGAUUGUCCUUCCGAAGGAACUGGAGGAAACCGAUGCCGAGCCCAGCAAGCUCACCCCCACUGGUACCGACGAAGAC